ACUGUGUCACACAGGUGCCCGCGCUGAACAGCAGACGCUGUGUCGCGAGCUUGAGAUUCUGAGGCGGAGUGUGACAGCUAGCGUUUGGGACCGGAAGUUGGUCGAACCGCGUCUCAGCUAGCGCUUUGGUGGAGUUUAAGAGCACUGCUUUCCGAGGAGCUUCAUACAGACUAAAAGAUGGAGUGUCUAGGAUGGGUUUCAGCAAUUGCUGGUUUGGUUGUCACUUCACUUACACUUUUUAUUGGAUGGUACUGGAUAUCACAAAAGCGUCUUCACCAGACCUUUCAGAAAAUGGGCAUCAGAGGUCCAAAGCCUGGUUUCUUACUCGGAAAUUUGGAUGAGAUUCUUAAAAAGGGUCCACAACAGUGCUUUACGGACUGGCAAAAGGAAUAUGGAAAUGUCUAUGGAUGUAACCCGCUGUGGGGUCAUCUCCUGGGGCGACAGCAGAUAAGUCUACAGAACCCGCCUUUCUUGGUGGUUACCGACGUCGAGCUUUUGCGUGAGAUUAUGGUGAAGAAGUUCAACGCUUUUCCUAACCGCCAGUACACACCGCUGGCAGACUACAAACCUUGGAAUGAAAUGCUGACGAUGCUGCAGGAUGAUCACUGGAAGCACGUGCGUAGUUUGCUCAGCCCGUCUUUCAGCACGAGCAAACUGAAAAAAUUGUGCAACUCAUUCAGCAUGGACGUUAUAGCGGGUACUGCGUUUGGCAUUGAGGUGGAUUCUCUCAAGACGCCGGGAGACCCGUUCUUGGCGCUCAUACAGAGGAUCAGAAGCGUUCCUUCGUGGAUGUUCACCGUGCUUUUCUUGUUUCCGAAGUUCACCCCGUUGUUGCGACGCUUAGGUAUCGCCAUCGCUCCCGAGAAAGAUGUUACGACUCUGAUGAACCUCAUCCGAAGAGCGAUCAAGGAGCGACGGCAAGGGACAGAGACUUACCCGGACAUACUGCAGUUGAUGCUGGAGGCGGAGAACGAAGGUGACAAGGAGACGGAGGUGGACCCGGAGAUUGACCACAGUAAGGAACUGAGGACGUCUGCAGGAUGGACACGGAAAGGUCUGACAGAAAGCGAGAUCGAGGCCAAUAGUUUCAUCUUUCUCGUCGCCGGCUACGAAAACACGGCGUUGAUGAUGGCAUUCCUGCUGUUUGAGCUGGCCAACCACCCCGAGUGUCUGCAGAAGGUUCAGGAGGAGCUGGAUGAAAAGCUGGGCAAGAAGGAAGUGGACUAUCAGACUGUCCAAGAGCUGACGUACCUGGAGAUGUGUUUAAAUGAGACCAUGCGCUUGUACCCUCCUGGUGUCACGAUUGAUGGCUCGAGAGAGAAUGUGUUGAGGACAAGACUCGGUGACGUCCACGUGCCAAAGGGAAUGCACAUUGUCUUCCCGACGUUCACAUUCACACUGAUCCACACUGGCGACCCUAUGACUUCAUCCCAGAGAGGCAUACACCGGAGGCAGAGCUUCUCGCAUCCGUUCAGCUUCCUGCCGUUCGGCUACGGCCCCAGAAACUGUAUUGGGAUGAGGCUAGUGUUAGUCGAGAUGAAGAUGGCCAUCGCUGCCUUGCUGCGACAGUUCUCUCCCGUUCGUUCCCUAAGGCGUCGCAUCCGCCUAAGAUGGCGAAAAGCCCGAUUCUGAAGCCCCAGGAUACGCUGUGGAUACGAUUGGAAGCCAGGAAGUAGAUCGUCACCUCUGUUUGGAACAAAGUUACUUCACCAGUCGUACAUUGUCUGUGGCGCGUUG